CCGGCCCGGUGAGCGGAGAAGUCUGCAAGGAGAGGAGUCUCACCCGGUUAUUCUUUCCUCAUUCGCUGUAGUGGCGGCGGCCCCGAGGGUGCCCUCAGACGGACACGCGCGCAACACUCGAGCCGAUCCGGGCCCGGAGCCUGGCUUCAGGGGAGGAUUUGCGUUUUGUUUUUGUUUUUCCUUCUCAUUUCCAAUUUGACAUGCGGAAAUAAAGAAGAAACGUCGUCCAAGUUUGGAGGUAAAUGGAAGGCGAGACGAAGUUGGACAAAAGAUCCAAGUCGAAUUUCACAUUCCUCACCAACCAGCUUGACGUUGACUCCCACUCCCAACUCCAAACAUGGCACAUCGGUCGCAGAGUUCAUCCAUUGGCGAAAACCCGUUGGACCCAAACUACUUGCCGCCACACUACAAGGAGGAGUACCGACUUGCCAUUGAUGCACUGAUAGAAAAUGAUUUACCGGGCUACUAUGACUUCCUCCAGGGUGCAGAAGUGGUUAGCUUCCUGGCACAAUCCGAAAUCGAGCACAUCAAAUCCACUAUCCAGGAGCCCACUCACGCCCACAGCAUCCCUGACUUGAGGUACCCCGAGGCGGGCCACGAUGUAGAGGGUUCGUCCGACACCUACUGGCCCAUGCAAUCGGAUCUGGCCGCCCCGGGCCUGGACCUGGGAUGGCCACUAACCCAGAACAGCUUCAUCGGGCCCACGGAAGUCACCACUCUGGUGAACCCGUCGGAGCCCAACAUGCCAAGCAUCAAGGAGCAGGCCAGGAGACUCAUCAAGAAUGCGCGCCAGGUUAUUGCAGUGGUGAUGGACACGUUCACAGACGUGGACAUUUUUGCUGACCUCUUGGACGCAACAGCACGUCACAUUCCGGUUUAUAUUCUUCUGGACGAGCAGGAAGCACAUAGCUUUGUCUGCAUGGUGAAUAACUGCAAGGUCAACCUAGAUUUAAUUCAGAUGAUGCGUGUCAGGACUGUGGCAGGAAUAACAUACCAAUCCCGAACAGGAAAAUCAUUUAAGGGGCAAAUGAAAGACCGCUUCUUAUUGGCUGACUGCAGGGCUGUUCUCAGUGGUAGUUACAGUUUCAUGUGGUCUUAUGAGAAGAUUCACCGCUGCAUCGCUCAUCUUUUCCUCGGAGAGCUGGUAGCCACAUUCGACGAAGAGUUCCGCAUCCUCUACGCGCAAUCCGAGCCUCUGGUGCUCGACCCGUCGGAUGGAACGCUCGCAAUCCCGGACACAGGCAGUUAUUUCACCAGACAGUUGGGUUUAAAGCGGACUCAAUCUUUACGGAACCCCUUGGGCUUCCGGAGACAACCGGAUAUGCCCUCUGGCUUCCCGUACGGAGAUCAGGACCGCAACCUGUCACUUUCUUUCCGAAGAAACGACCCAUUUCGUCACACCAUCGAGCACGGGGCGGGCAUCAUGAUCGGGAAGUAUUCCCAGCAGCAGUUUCGUCCACAGCAGUCUUACUUAGAGCAGGGUCGCUCUAUCGUAUCUAGACAGAUGGAGAUGAGCGGCUUCAAGAGGCACAGUUACGCAGAAGGAACUCAGGAUAACUACAUGUCUUCCAGGCACUUCAUGAAGCACAGAGUCAUGAAUAACCUCGAUGAGACGGAUUUCCACAGGCAUAAUUACUACAGUGAAGGUCCAGGACCAGGUUCUGGCCAUGGACACUAUGACAGAAAUCGUCCUCCACAUCUAGCCAUCGACCAGUAUUCCGAUUCAAGUUCAUUCCGCUCCGAUUUAGAGCUAAACUACGGAAGAAACUACGCGCAUCUUUCUUCCGAUGAUUUAAGCGGACCCGAUGGGAUUCAUGCGCCACCUGUAGCUGGAAGAUAUGAUGGAAACUCUGCUCAUAAGAGGCCAACCAUUGGUCAGGCGUAUGCUUGUCAGAGCUCACCCACGCAGCCUCACCCGAUGGACAAGAAGUCUUUUCACAAGAAUACGGAUCAGGAACACGAUCAGGAUCCAAACGUCCGGCACGGGUUGAGGAACUGGAGGAUCCAUUCGUAUCUGAGCACGUAUGAGGAAGGUGGACAAGAAGGUCUAAAUCAACCUGCGGGUCCUGACGCAUUUGAAGAUCCUCCAACUUCUCAGGAGUCCGGGGAUAGUUCAUCUACACGCUUUGGACUAAAAGAGCCCCCGGACGACAACCCUAAACCAAGACCGGAUAUUCAAAAACCACGUUUUGGGAAGCCAGUUAUACCCAACAGCAAGGAUUCAUUCAGCAAGGACUUGCUUCCCGCAGUUUUAUUGGAUAAAAGUGAGAAGGAGAUGAAAGAACGAGAGGAUAAGUGGAGUUCUGCGAAAGAGGACAAAGAAGCCAAAGAGCCUUCGGAUCGCUUCAUUUCCAAACACGACUCUUUCCGCUCACGAAUUAACCCGCUACUUCAACGAAGCUCACGUCUGCGCUCGUCACUUAUUUUCUCAUCUUCCAAAGCAGAAAUACACAGCGGAGGCACUGGCCAAAAAACAGAUACUGAUGAUGACAGCAAGCCUUCCAUUGUGGCCCAGAUCCUAGAAAAGAGGCGGUCUUUGUCUAGAGAACCUUUUGAGUGGAAAAUGACAGCCGAGGAACCGAGUAAGGAGAAGGACGAAGAAAACAGUGAGGCUGCCAAGGAAAGGGAAAAUUCAUUGACAGACUUAAGAGAAGGAAAAAAUGAACACCAGAAAUCACAAGCACAGGUAGACUCCAAUUCAAAAGACGAGACCUCCAAUACUGUCAAGUCAUCAUCUUUAAACAUCAACGACCCCGCCAGUCGACUGCAGUAUUUCAAAGACGUAGCUGCAAAGCGAAAAGCGUCCAAAAUGGAGACUGACGCUUCCCUAAAAGAUCAGGAAACAGUAGAGAAGAAACUAGAUGAUUCCCUGACAAAUGUAACGGUAAGUGCUACCGAUUCGACAGAAACUGAGAGAAAGAAACCGGAUCCCGCAGCAAAGCUGUCCGAACUCAAUCGACGGGCUUCGCUUCACUCUUCCAAACCGGCUCUACUCUCUCCCAAGCCUUUCGUGAGCAGCACAAAACCUCCUGAAGCCCACAAGGAUGGUAACUCACCAGAAGGCCAAAAGAAAGACAUAUUCAAGUCUUUAAAGCCCCUUCCUUCCCCCAAGAUCUUUAAACGGGACCCGCUUAAGCAUAAAGGAAUCAAUCCUCGUCGGGUCUCCUGCGGUGAGGAGGUCUUGACGGAUGCGACGGACUCAGAGAAGAGUGAGUUGAAGAAGACCCGUUCUCACAGUUCCUCUACUUUGCCGCACGACGAGUCAAAGGAUAAAGUUACGGGAUCCAAUACGUCCAUCAACACGCUCGGCGAUGGGAAGAACGACGGCAAGACGCUGGAUUUCCUGAAGAAGCAAACUCAGAGGUUAAAGGGACUCUUGGUGCCCAAGGAUAAAGAGAAAAAGUCCUCAGGAGAGGAUCGAGGUGGCAUGAGCACCGUGAAAGAAAUGGUGGAAGAUUAUAACAAAAAACAGAGCAAGGAUUCGGGAUCCACUGCAACCGAGCAGACUGCCGCCAAUCACAGAACGGCGCACAGUACGUCGCGGUAUCAGCAGUCCGGCAGCUCGGUGCUGUUCAGCAGCAACCUCCGCGACGACACCAAGGUCAUCCUGGAGCAGAUCUCGGCCAACAGCCAGAAAAAUCGACACGAGCGAGACGAGGACGGGGACCGAGAGGCCAAAGAGGACUUAGCCACCAAGAAGAAUCGUCUGCUGCGACCGCAAGGGGUCGUCCAGGAGAGGGAAGGACUGCUGAAGAGGAUAGAGAGCCUCAGGAAAGAGAAGAAGGUCUACAGCCGUUUUGAGAUGGGGAAUACCCUUGGAUAACAGAAAAAGACAUGACGUAAGAACAAAAAACGUGCCAAGGACACUAAAAAUGUGCUCCAACAUGGUGACCUCUCCUUCUGGACUUUUUUAAACAGGACAAAAGCUUGAAUCUAUAACAUGGAAAAAAAUGCAACCAAAAAACAACAUCAACGGGUGUGGAAUGUACCCGUUUGCCAAACACUGGGACAACUUUUACCUUAUAAGGCGACUGGAAGUAGAAAGAAGAGGAAGAAAGAAUGGUGGGAAGGAGUGAUGACUGAAAGUCUAAGUUAAAAGAACACGAACUAAUGACAAACAAGAAAAAAAAAGAUUUAUGCCAUUCAUUGACAAAAAAAAGUACUUUCUUUGACUUUCAUUUUGUUGUUACACUGGGAAUGUGUGGCUUUUGUGUGCCAAGAUAAAUAUAAAACACAAAUAUUAAGAGGAAAACACUAUUAAAACCCUCCUGUUAUGUCAAUUGGAACCUCUGACGGUGACAGACGUGUAAUCCAUUUGAACUGGAAGGGCCUGGGAAUUUUAUUGCAAAUUUUGGUUUCUAAAUAUUUUGACGUAAUAGGAGGGUUUUCUGGUCUAAUUUGGAGUCUGUAGUCAACUUGCAGGACUUUUUAUUUUGGCUUUGAGCUUGUUAUUUAAUGUACAUAAACAUGUUUACAACUUCAACAAUGAACUGGAAAAAAUCCGUGUUCCAACAUUUUGCUGACAAGAAACUAAUUCUGAAUGUUGCCGAUGACAAAUCUGUUAUACAGAACGAAUAAACCAAAGAUUUCUGCUCGUCUUUUUUUUUUUUGUUGUUGCACAGUUUUAUAUGCGGAAUUUUACAUAUUCAAAAGAAUGAAUUGGCUGGCUGUUUUAAUUAACAAGUACUUGUCACACUGUACUAUCAAAGUACUUUGUAUUCAUAUUUGUGUUUUUUUAAAUAAAAUUUGAAUAUGUGGUCAUUUAGUAUUAUUACUAAUGUACUUGAAGUAUGCUUAAAAU